GCCAGACAUCUCCCUUAUCGCGAUCGAUUGGCUCAGGCAGCAGACCAAGUGCAAGGUGAACACCUACCACUUCAACGCGGUCAUCAGCGCCCACGCCAGGGUCACCGAGUGGACGCAGGCCCUGGCGCUGAUGGACGCCAUGGCGGAGGAGGAUGCCGAGUGUGACUCCACCACCUUCAACACGGCGAUGGCCGCGUGCGACCGAGGCGGCAAGUGGGAGCUCGCGCUGCGCCUGCUGCGGCGCAUGGCGGAGGCGACAGUGCAGCUGGACAUCGUCGGCUACAGCACCGCCAUGCACAUCUACAGCAGGAGCGGCAGGUGGGAGUUGGCGCUGGAGCUGCUGCAGAGCAUGGCCGAGCUGGGCAUCCCCAUGGACGUGGUCUCGUGCGGCGCCGCCAUGAGUGCGCUGGAGAAGGGCGGGCAGUGGCCUGCGGCCCUGGCGCUGCUCUUCAGCAUGGCUCGCACCAGCAUCAGGAGACGAACGAGAUUGUUUGCAGCGCUGCCAUAA